GUACCUGUAGUAGCCGUAGUAGGUGUAGUACCUGUAGUAGCUGUAGUAGCUGUAGUAGCUGUAGUAGCCGUAGUAGCUGUAGUAGCUGUAGUAGCCGUAGUAGCUGUAGUAGCUGUAGUAGCUGUAGUAGCCGUAGUACCUGUAGUAGCUGCAGUAGCCGUAGUAGCUGUAGUAGCUGUAGUAGCUGUAGUACCUGUAGUACCUGUAGUACCUGUAGUAGCUGUAGUAGCUGUAGUACCUGUAGUAGCUGUAGUAGCCGUAGUAGCUGUAGUAGCCGAAGUACCUGUAGUACCUGUAGUAGGUGUAGUACCUGUAGUACCUGUAGUAGCUGUAGUAGCUGUAGUACCUGUAGUAGCUGUAGUAGCUGUAGUAGCUGUAGUACCUGUAGUACCUGUAGUACCUGUAGUAGGUGUAGUACCUGUAGUACCUGUAGUACCUGUAGUAGCUGUAGUAGCUGUAGUAGCUGUAGUACCUGUAGUAGCUGUAGUAGCUGUAGUAGCUGUAGUAGCUGUAGUACCUGUAGUAGGUGUAGUAGCCGUAGUACCUGUAGUAGCUGUAGUACCUGUAGUACCUGUAGUAGCUGUAGUAGCUGUAGUAGCUGUAGUAGCUGUAGUACCUGUAGUACCUGUAGUAGCCGUAGUAGCUGUAGUACCUGUAGUACCUGUAGUACCUGUAGUAGCUGUAGUAGCUGUAGUACCUGUAGUAGCUGUAGUAGCUGUAGUACCUGUAGUAGCUGCCCGGGGGGGGUACUCGCAGAAAAAUUGGGUAGGGGUGUGCGGCCCGCUUCCCAAAACCCUUACCCUAUUUAUGACCAAAAUCUGCGAUUUUCCCUACCCUAUUUAUGACCUAACCAAAAAUUUGAUACCCUAUUUAUGACCUGACCCUUAAAUCAAUACCCUCUUUCAGACCUGCCUUAUAAUUAUUUCCCUAGUUCAGACCAAUGUUAAAGGCAAUGUUUAUCUGCUUUUAUUAGGUUAGGGGGACACGAUAAGGAAGUAGCUUCUUCUAAAAAAGUGCAUUCAAGACUACAGUGCAAAAAUCGUUACCCUAUUUAUGACCAAAAUGGCGGCAAAAUAGCCAAAAUCGAUACCCAAUUUAUGACCAAAACGGCUGAAAAACCCUACCCUUUGGGGCCGCACAUACCUAUAUAGCCCAUAUUAGGGAGUACCCCCCCCGGGAGUAGCUGUAGUAGCCGUAGUACCUGUAGUAGCUGUAGUAGCUGUAGUACCUGUAGUAGCUGCAGUAGCCGUAGUAGCUGUAGUAGCUGCAGUACCUGUAGUAGCCGUAGUACCUGUAGUACCUGUAGUACCUGUAGUAGCCGUAGUAGCUGUAGUAGCUGUAGUACCUGUAGUAGCUGUAGUACCCGUAGUAGCUGUAGUACGUGUAGUAGCUGUAGUAGGUGUAGUAGGUGUAGUACCUGUAGUACCUGUAGUAGCCGUAGUACCUGUAGUAGCUGUAGUAGGUGUAGUAUCUGUAGUAGCCGUAGUAGCUGUAGUAGCUGUAGUAGGUGUAGUACCUGUAGUAGGUGUAGUAGCUGUAGUACCUGUAGUACCUGUAUUACCUGUAGUACCUGUAGUAGGUGUAGUACCUGUAGUAGCUGUAGUAGCCGUAGUACCUGUAGUACCUGUAGUAGCUGUAGUAGCUGUAGUAGCCGUAGUAGCUGUAGUAUCUGUAGUACCUGUAGUAGGUGUAGUACCUGUAGUAGCUGUAGUUGCUGUAGUAGCCGUAGUAGCUGUAGUACCUGUAGUAGCUGUAGUAGGUGUAGUAGCUGUAGUAGCUGUAGUAGCUGUAGUAGCUGUAGUAGCUGUAGUACCUGUAGUAGCUGUAGUAGGUGUAGUAGCUGUAGUAGCUGUAGUAGCUGUAGUAGCCGUAGUAGCUGUAGUAGCUGUAGUAGCUGUAGUAGCCGUAGUAGCUGUAGUACCUGUAGUAGCUGUAGUGCCUGUAGUACCUGUAGUAGCUGUAGUAUCUGUAGUACGUGUAGUAUCUGUAGUAGCUGUAGUAGGUGUAGUAACUGUAGUAGCUGUAGUAGGUGUAGUA